AUGGGUAGUAUUAUUUUUGGUGAAGUUGAUCCUUAUUUUGUUAAAGAGUAUGGUGCUGAGUUGCUUGAAAGUUCGAACUUUAUUGAUUACAAUGAUAAAUUUCAUACUGUGAUCUUUAACCAGAGUUUUAUUCAUCCUCUUCUUACUAUUGGAUGGAGAGAGAUGAAAGAUGUGUUUGGUUUUGAUGUAAACCAGGAAGUUGAUGUUUUGUAUUAUGGUAAUGGUGUUUUUGGUUUAAUGUGCAGCAAAAGUCUGGAAUGUUGUUGUCAGAUUCCUGUCUAUCAUAGUCGUUUUAUUCGGUUUGGUUAUACCAUCGAAUUCUAUCUCCAGUUAACUAGUGAUAACAUCAAUCGAUCCUUUUUGACUAUUUUUGAUGGAUUUGAAGAAUAUCUCAGGAGCUGCAACUUCAAGUAUAUUUUUGUUUGCUGUGAUAAUGGGACUAUUGAUACAUUUGAUGUUGCUGUAACUGACAAGCCUUUCAAAACUAUGUUGGAACAAAAUUGA